AAAGAAAAUACAGAAAUAAAACAAAACAAAAAGCAUAUCUAUCUAAGAGUAGAGAAUUAGCGGCAGCACAUGAUACGGUGAUUGAUGGCCCCCUUUACCUUUACCCUCGACUUCAACACUCUGCAACUUCAACUUCGUCACUCUCUGUUUUUCUCUAAACCAAAGCUUUGUCGUGUCUAUCAUCCUCGCCCUUCAACCAACAUCAUCACUUUCAGCUUCAUCCAAAGAACACAAACUGCAACUAAAUAUUCUUCUUCACUUGAAAUCGUGACCAAGAGAGCCCCUCCUGCUUCAUUCGAACCAAAAGCUGGCAUUAGUAGCACUAGCAGCAGUUCCGAGGUUAGUGAGAGAGUGAAGAAGAAGAAAAAGAAGAAGAAGAAUAAGGAUAAGGAUUGUCCUGAAGUGAAGUUGAAGAAUGCUUUGGAUAUGUGUUCUAAAAGAGGUGACGUUAUGGGAGCAUUAUCCUUAUAUGACUCAGCAAUCUCAGAGGGUGUCAAACUGGGUCAGCACCACUACACUGUGUUGUUGUAUCUUUGUUCAUCUGCAGCUGUUGGUGUUGUUCGACCAGCUAAAAGUGGAAGUGGUGCUAGAACUUUGAACUCACAUGUUUACUCUAAUGAAGUUCCCAAUGAGGGCACACAUUUUGAUUUGGAUGGCAAAGCUGAGUUAAAUUCUGAUUUGAAUUCUACCGAGAAGGAUGAGAUAUUAUUGGUGAGUGAGGAUGUCAAGAGAUAUGCACUGCAGAGAGGGUUUGAAGUGUAUCAGAAUAUGUGUUUGGAUAAGGUUCAAAUGAAUGAGGCCGCGUUGACGGCCGUGGCUCGAAUGGCCAUGUCCAUGGGCGAUGGUGACAGAGCUUUUGAGAUGGUGAGGCAGAUGAAGGACUUGGGGAUAAGUCCUAGGUUAAGGUCUUAUGGUCCUGCUUUGUUCACCUUUUGCAAUAAUGGGGAAAUAGAUAAGGCAUUUGCUGUUGAAAAGCACAUGCUACAACAUGGUGUUUACCCUGAAGAGCCUGAGUUGGAGGCUCUCUUGAGGGUGAGUGUGGGAGCUGGAAAUAGUGAUAAGGUUUACUAUGUGUUGCAUAAACUAAGAAGUAUUGUGAGGAAAGUGUCACCGACUACUUCGUCUUUGAUUGUUGAUUGGUUUAAGAGCAAGCAGGCUUCAAGAGUUGGAAAGAGAAAAUGGGAUGAGAGAUUAAUAAGGGAAGCAAUAGAAAAUAAUGGUGGAGGCUGGCAUGGACAAGGGUGGUUGGGUAAGGGGAAAUGGGAAGCUGUUCAUACAACUAUUGGAAAGGAUGGAAUGUGCAAAUGCUGUCAGGUGCAGUUGACAACUAUUGAUCUUGAUCCUGUUGAAACUGAGAAUUUUGCCAAGUCGGUUGCAUCCUUAGCUGUAAUGAGAGAAAAAGGGUCAAACUUCCAGAAAUUUCAAAAAUGGCUUGACUACUCUGGACCUUUUGAAGCAGUGGUAGAUGCUGCAAAUGUUGGUCUUUUCGGCCAAGGGAGGUUCAUGCCACACAAGAUCAAUGCCGUUGCCAAUGAAAUACGCCAAAGGCUCCCUUCAAAGAAGUUUCCACUUAUCAUUUUGCAUAAUAAACGUAUCAAGGGAGACAAAAUGGAUGAACCAAUCAAUAGGGCAUUAAUUGAUAAGUGGAAUAAUGCUGAUGCACUCUAUGCAACACCUACUGGAUCAAAUGAUGAUUGGUACUGGUUGUAUGCAGCUAUAAAAUUUAGAUGCUUACUUGUUACCAAUGAUGAGAUGAGAGAUCAUCUAUUUCAACUUUUGGGAAAUGACUUUUUCCCCAAGUGGAAAGAAAGGCAUCAGGUACGCUUCAGUUUCUCUGAUACUGGUAGUCCAGUGUUUCACAUGCCCCCUCCUUGUUCUGUUGUUAUUCAGGAAUCAGAGGAAGGCCACUGGCAUAUUCCAAUUGAUGCAGAACUUAAUGAUGAAUCAGAAAGAAGAUGGUUGUGCAUUACCCGCGCUAAAUUAGAUGUGGUUUCCAAAGAUUCUUCAACAUCUAAAGACUCUAAACCUUUGCAAAAAGGAGAAUGUGCAAGAUCAGCUACUAGAAAUGCGUCUGCAAAGGAGUCGCAACAUCAGAAUCUUGUCAACCACAAAGAAAAAAAGGAAACACCUCAAGAAUUGUAUAAAAAUGUUAGAGAUAUUUUUUUAGAAUCAGUAUCCUCAGAUAAAAAUAACUCAAUAUUGUCUGACAUUGAGGCUGCAGAGUUGAUUGGUGGUUGUACCAUUGAUUUUCAGAUAUAGAGUUCCCUUUGUCUUGCUGAUUAUCUUGAGCUAUACCCUGGAAAAUUAUCAUAUUGGUCUGGCGUGAAGCUCCAAUAUAGUUUUAUAUUGCAGAGAGAAAUAUAAAGGAUAAGUUGUAGUUCUAAA